GACAUCGGCUGUCUAUCGUCAUGUGCAACCAUAGUAUUCACAUUUUAGUGUUGUUCGGUCUUUGUCAGCCCGCGUGUAACGAAAAACAACAAAUUCGCCAAAAUGUUGAGUCGAUUCUGUAAUUCUUCACUGAAAAUCGUGCGAUUGGCACACAUUGUAAACACAAACCAGUGUCAUUCAGUUCCAGCUUUGCUUUUGACGCAACAAAAAAGCAAUUAUGCAACUGCAGCGCCGGCUGUCAGGCAGCUCAAUCGAUCUGCCAAUUUGAAGACCGUCGUCGAAGAGCUGAAAAAUCGAGUGGAAAACAAAUCACGUCUGUCAAAUAGGGAUUUACAAUCGCUGUUAACCAAUUUGAAAUCACAAACAGUUGACAGUGCACAAGCGUUGGAAAUUCUGCGAAUGUGUUCAUUCGUUCAUCCAGACGAAGUAAGAAAUGACAUCGUAAAAGGCAUUUGGAAGGAAUUGAAGAAGCAAAAUCCCGAUUUUCAAGUUCAACACUACAAUUACUUGCUGCAAAUCGCCAGAAAUAAACAAGAUGUGAAAUAUGCUCAACAGAUAUUCGAUGAUUUAAUUAAAGAUGACAUUAAACCAAACGCUAUUUCGUAUCAAUGUUUGCUGUCGACCUACUGCAAUGCGGGAAAUAUCGAAAAAGCCGUUGAGAUUUUGGGAAUGAUGGACAAAGACAACCUUUACAUCAACGAAUCUUCAUUCAAUAACUUGGUUCAGUGCCACAUUUUCUGCGGAAACAUCCAAGCAGCAAUGGAUACAAUUGCAACUUUGAAAGGGAGUGGCUAUAAAGUGAACGUAUACACAUUUGAAGCGCUAUUGAGUCAUUAUGCCAAGGCGGGUGAUCUGGAAAACAUUCAAAAGACAUUCGAAAUGUUCAAAGAGGAGAAUUUGGAGGUGCUGAACCGCGACAUUCUCAAAGUGAUGUGCGAUCUAGCGGUCAAUGGCCAUGCGGAUAAAAUUGACUCCCUAAUUCCAAGUUUGAAACCAACCAUUGAAUUCAGACGGUCUCUGCUGAUUGCCAUCACGAAAUUCGUUGAAAACAAUCAAUCGGCAAUCGUGCCAAAGCUCCUGCAAACAAGUGAUGGCGACGUCCUUGGAAAAUAUAAACAUUUGCUCCAAGAGAUGGUUCGUCUCCAAUCAUCUGAAGAAGAAUUCAAUGAAGUAUUCAAACGUAUCGAAAAGGCCGGCGUUACAAUGGAAUAUAAUUUUGACGUUUUUCAGCCAGCUCUCGAGAGUUCGUCUAUUGAAAUCAUUCACAAACUAUUGGCACACAUGAAAUCACGUUCGCUGCAAGUGACAGAAACUGUAUUCGAAAAACUGUUUCAAUUGUCGGCCAAAAAGGGUACCAAAGAAGUGUUGGACGUUGUGAAUUUGAUGUGCUCUGACUUUAGAAUUCAACCACAAAUCACAUUCGUGCGAGAUGUUAUUUUGCCCGGUUUAAAUGUAAAAGAAAAUCCAGCGUUGGCUUUCUACAAUCUGCAAACCACUCAAAUACGUAUCCGCAAUGUAGUCAUUGCAAUCGUUAAUCAAUGCUUAAACAGAGACGAUAUCAAAACGGCUUACGAGUUUGCAAGCACAAAUCAGAGUUUUUUUGCCGUUGGAUUAGUUAAAAGGCCACUUUUGAAAGCAUUUGCUAGCACUGGAGAUGUCAAGAAAUUUGUGUCAUUUGUCCGGAUAAUUUAUGACAGUUUCUCGCGAAUCAAUGACUAUUAUCGCGACAACAAAUUGUCACCGACCGAUAUUCAGCAAAAACAAAAGGAAUUUCUGGAUGAAAGUUUAGUUUCGGCCAUCUCACAUCGUCGCGUCGAUUCAAAACUCAUCGUACAACUAUUGGAGGCUUUUGUUGAAGAAGGCUUAGGCAUUAGUCCAAGUCAAGCUGAAAAGAUCCAGAAACAUCUUGAAGUGGACGAUCAAACACAAAUUGGCCGUUUACUGAAGAAACUGAGCACCGAACAGCUGAAUUUGAAGCCGGUUAAGGUAUCCAAGAAAACAUUUAACAACAACAUCAACAACCAACUCAGUUCGGCCGAUGUGCAAAAUAUUCUGGAAGUUAAAUUAGCGCAAGGCCAUAGUGCCGCGGCAACAGAGAAACUUUUAUUCAUGGCGUAUGUGCGUGAAGGGAACAUUACCGAAAUUGAAACAUUGAUGGCCAACGGUAAAUUCUCCAUUACAAAUGCGGACUAUGCGUUACUGAUCCAACUCUAUACACAUGUGGGCAACUUGGAGAACGCUUUAAACAUGUUGAAACGAGUUUGUGCAAAUAAUGUAUCUUUCAAAUUGGAUAGCAUCAAAGUGGGCAAGCUGGUAGCACUGAUGGUUGAAAAGGGUCGUGAUUUCGAUGAGAUUGAUGCUUUGUUGCUUGCUCAUCGUCAGGGCAAACCGGAAUUCCGUAUUUUUGUCUUUGAACAUCUAUUGGAUCGGUUGGCCACCAAUGGUCAAGUGAAAUUGGUUGAGAAACUAUUUAAUGCCCUUAUCAACUACAGCUAUAUUGAAGCAACAGUGGAAUCGACCGGACCCCAAGUUACAGCCCGCUUGAACAGUAAAUUAUACGCUGAAGCCGUUGAAAAGUACGAACAUCUCGCAAACACUUACAACCUUGUUCCAAUGACAAUGGUUUUGUUCACGCACUUGAUUCGAAACAACGAAAUCGACUUGCUGCAACGCGCCUACGAUGCAUUUGAGAAAUGUAAAGGUGAAAAUGAAGCAAUGUGCCGUUUGGCCUUUGCUUUUGCUGAAUGCGGCCAGGAUCGGCAAGCGAAAGCCAUUUUCGAAAAUGAUCGCACCAAAAAUAUUUCGCGAGCCAUUUCAAGAGAAUGUAAAAAAUAUGUUGAAUUCGGUCGGGUUGAGACUGCAAAAACACUGUUGAAAGCUACAAAAGGCAUAUACUGCGAUCGUCAUGUUAUAUACGAAACCAUUUUGGAUAUUUACCACAAACAAAAUAAGGCUCAGAAAGCAUUGGAUCUAUGGGUUGACUAUUCUACCGAUGGCAUCCUACCAAAACCAACGUUUAAAACCAAACUAACCGCAUUGCUGGAAGCAAACAAUAUGGAGAUUCCAUUCGAUUUGCUGCUGGAAUCGAAUUCCAAGGAAAAAUCAAACCUAGACCAGGAAACAGUAACCAACUAAAAUGGUUUUAGCAUCUUUUUAGUUGAUAUAUGUAAUAAUUACGUAAUUUUUUGAAAUAAAACAAUAGAUCACUACAAA